AUGAGCUCAACCGAUGUGGCUUCCAUGAGCUAUGCUCGGAAGGCAUCCAAAACUGCACCACCUACGAAAGAGAGGGAUGGUUUUGAGUCAAUUUCGAGAGAAUCCAUCGUGUGGACGACUGAAGUUGAUGAGUUCCAAGAUAUCACCUAUGAAAUCUCGGUGGAAAACAAAUGCGCACGGAUUGCCUUUAAUCGUCCGGAAGUGUUGCAUGCCUUUCGACCACGGACGAUUCGUGAGAUACAGCACGCUUUAGAACUUGCAAGCGAAGAUCCAAGAAUCUGGGUAAUUAUGCUGGCCUCCAACAAUGACCCAAGCAAGUUCACCCCAGCCUUUUGUUCAGGAGGAGAUCAGAACGUUAGAUCAAAUGGCGGUGGCUACCAGGAUGGAACAGAAAGGCAACCGAAACUUCGAGUGCUGGACCUACAAAUGCAAAUGAGACGCUGCCCAAAGCCUAUAGUUGCGAUUGUUGACGGAUAUGCAAUUGGCGGAGGUCACAUCUUGCAUAUGGUAGCAGAUAUUACACUGGCAAGUGACAUUUCUGUUUUCGGGCAAACUGGUCCUCGCAUGGGUAGCUUUGAUGCUGGCUAUGGAUCAACUCACAUGGCACGCCUGAUUGGUCAAAAGCGAGCUCGAGAGGUUUGGUUCCUUUGUAAGUUUUAUGACGCGAAACAAGCCUAUGAAAUGGGGUUAAUCAAUGCAUAUUUUCCGAAAGAGGAGCUCGAAGGGCGCGCAGCACAAUGGGUCCGUCGUAUUGCAAUGAACUCCCCAACUGCGAUUGCGUGUUGCAAGGCUGCGUUGAAUGCAGAUGAAGACGGUGGCGCUGGGAUCAUGCAAAUGGGAGGGGAGAUGACACGAAUGUUUUACAUGUCUCGAGAAUCACAGGAGGGUCGCGACGCAUUUUUAGAAAAGAGAGCUCCAAAAUUUCGAAGCAAUCUUUGA